CUACUUUACAGCAUCUAGUGAACUCCUCAGAUCACUCGCUGUUGUGAAGAUGAGGUGUCCUGCUGUUUGUCUUGUGGCUCUGGCCUUAUUGGGCAACUUCUGUGAUGCUCAGUGGGCACCUGGUACUAGUUACAAGCCCGCGAAACCAGGAUACCAAAAGCCAGCGGAACCCCCCUCGAAAACUUACGAGCCCCCACAGCAAAAGCAGACAUUUGAAAAACCACUUACCUGGACAUACCCUGAAGAUCCUAAGCCUGAACCCAUACCUGAAGUGCCAUUCGAGCUGAGGUAUCCUGUUCCUGCCGCAACUGUUGCUGUUGAGUGCAGAGAGAGUGAGGCUCAUGUGGAAGUCAAGAAGGAUUUUUUUGGAAUUGGCCAGCUUAUCAAUCCGGCCGACCUAACUCUGGGAAACUGUGGUCCUGUCGCAGAGGAUAAUAUCGCUAAAGUGUUGAUUUAUCAAUCAGCACUCCACGAUUGUCAGAGCACAUUAAUGACGACAGAAGACUCUCUUGUCUACACCUUCACUCUGAACUACAAUCCCCAGCCUGUGGGCACUUCUCCCGUGGUGAGGACAAGCAAAGCUGCUGUAAUUGUGGAAUGCCACUACCAAAGGAAGCACAAUGUGAGCAGCCUUUCUCUCAGUCCCGUCUGGGUCCCAUUCUCUGCGGUUAAGGUGGCAGAGGAAUUCUUAUACUUCACCAUGAGACUCAUGACUGAUGACUGGCAAUAUGAGAGGCCAAGCUACCAGUAUUUCCUGGGCAACCUGAUUAAUAUUGAGGUUAUCGUCAAGCAGUACCUCCAUGUUCCCCUCCGUGUUUAUGUGGACCACUGUGUUGCUACUCUUUCAUCUGACCAAACCUCCAGCCCCAGAUAUGUCUUCAUUGACAACCACGGGUGUUUGGUUGAUGCCAGAAUCACAGGCUCUUCCUCAAAGUACGUGGCUCGCCCUGCAGAAAAUAUGCUGUGUUUCCAGUUGGAGGCCUUCAGAUUCCAGGGUGCUGACAGUGGAUUGCUCUACAUUACCUGCCAACUGAAAGCAACGUCAGCCGCCUAUCCUGUUGACAGUACCCACCGAGCAUGCUCCUACGUUAAUGGGUAA